CUGGGAGCGGGAGCCGCUCGCUGCCGUCUCUGUCCUCCCAGACUGCUGAGGAGGAGGAGGGACGGUGCGAGAGGAGGCGCGCGGGUCCCAUCACCGACACCAGCCUCAGGGUUCGCCGCCGCCGGCCCGCAGUCUGCGCCCCGCGCCCCUAGCCCGCCAUGGGGCCCCCGUCCAGCUCCGGCUUCUUCAUGAGCCGCGCAGUGGCCCUGCUGCUGGCGGCGCUGGCCGUCGCGCUGCUCCUGGCGCUCCUCGUCCUCGCCGCCCUCUUCGGCCUCUGCACGCGCGCCCCGCUGUCGGAGCCCUGCAGCCGCUGGGACCCGGACGCCGCGCCCUCUGCCCCCGGCGGCCAGGAAGAGCUGGCGCCGACCCCGAAAUCCGGCCCUGCACCGGAGCCGGCGGUGACGACCCUCCCGCCCGACUGGAGACUACCUGGGCCGUGGGACCAGCUGCGCUUGCCGCCCUGGCUAGUCCCGCUGCACUACGACCUGGAGCUGUGGCCCCGGCUGCUGCCCGACGGGCUCUGGGAGCGGAGGCUGCGCUUCACCGGCCGCGUGAACAUCACCGUGCGCUGCGUCGCGGCCACCGUGCGGCUGCUGCUGCACAGCCUCUACCUGGACCACGAGCUCCCCGAGGUGCUGGGUCCCCUGUCGCCCGGCGCCAGGGACGCUGCUGCGGGCCGCGUGCCGGUGCAGGACAUGUGGUUCGCCGUGGACACGCAGUACAUGGUGCUGGAGCUCGGGGAGGCCCUGCAGCCCGGGAGCCUCUAUGAGCUGCAGCUCCGCUUCACGGGUCCUGUGUUCAAGGGAACCAGGGAGGGGCUCUUCCUCAACGUCUACUCGGACCAGGGAGAGCGCAGAGCCCUGAUAGCAUCUCAAAUGGAACCAACAUUUUCCAGGAGUGUUUUCCCUUGUUUUGAUGAGCCAGCUCUUAAGGCAACUUUUAAUAUUACAAUUAUCCACCAUCCAAGUUAUGUGGCCCUUUCCAACAUGCCACAGCUAGGUCAGUCAGAAAGAGAUGUAAAUGGAAGCAAAUGGACAGUUACUACCUUCUACACCACACCCUCCAUGCCAACUUACUUAGUUGCACUUGCCAUAUGUGACUAUGACCAAGUCAACAGAACGGAAAGGGGCAAGGAGAUACGCAUCUGGGCCCGGAAAGAUGCCAUUGCAAAUGGAAAUGCAGAUUUUGCUUUAAACAUCACAGGACCCAUCUUCUCAUUUCUAGAGGAUUUGUUUAAUAUCAGUUAUCCUCUUCCAAAAACAGAUCUAAUUGCCUUGCCUGUUUUUGACAACCAUGCAAUGGAAAAUUGGGGACUAAUGAUGUUUGAUGAAUCAUUGUUACUGCUGCUGCCAAGUGAUCAACUGACAGUAAAAAAGGCUCUGAUCUCCCAUAUUGUCUCCCAUGAGAUUGGACAUCAGUGGUUUGGAAACUUGGUUACCAUGAAUUGGUGGAACAAUAUCUGGCUCAAUGAGGGUUUUGCAUCUUAUUUUGAGUUUGGAAUAACUAACUACUUCAAUCCUAAACUCCCAAGAAAUGAGAUCUUUUUUUCUAACUUUUUACAUGGUGUCCUCAGCGAAGAUCAUGCCCUGGUGUCUAGAGCUGUGUCCAUGAAGGUGGAAAAUUUCACAAAAACAAGUGAAAUACAUGAACUCUUUGACUUAUUUACUUACAACAAGGGAGCAUCUAUGGCCCGCAUGCUUUCCAGUUUCCUGAAUGAACAUGUGUUCAUCGGUGCACUUAAGUCUUAUUUGAAGGCGUUUUCUUACUCAAAUGCCGAGCAAGAUGAUCUAUGGAGGCAUUUUCAAAUGGCUAUAGAUGACCAGAGUAAAAUUCUUUUGCCAGCAACAGUAAAAAGCAUAAUGGACAGUUGGACACACCGGAGUGGUUUUCCAGUCAUCACUUUAAAUGUGUCCAGUGGUGUCAUGAAUCAGGAGCCAUUUUAUCUGGGAAAAGUUGAAAAUCAGACCCUUCUGACCCACAAUGGCACAUGGACUGUCCCCAUUCUUUGGAUGAAAAAUGGAAUGACACAGUCCUUAGUCUGGCUAAAUAAAAGCAGUGAAGUAUUCCCUGAAAUGCAAGUUUCAGAUUCUAAUAAUGACUGGGUGAUUUUAAAUUUGAAUAUGACUGGAUAUUAUAGAGUUAAUUAUGAUAAAUUAGGUUGGAAAAAAUUAAAUCAACAGCUUGAAAAGGAUCCUAAGGCUAUUCCUGUUAUUCACAGAUUACAGUUGAUUGAUGAUGCCUUUUCCUUAUCUAAAAACAAUUAUAUUGAGAUUGAAACAGCACUUGAUUUAACCAAAUACCUUGCUGAAGAAGAUGAAAUCAUAGUAUGGUAUGAAGUCUUGGCAAACUUGAUAACCACGGAUCUUGUUUCUGAUGUGAGCAAGUAUGAUAUAUAUCCAUUAUUAAAGAAAUAUCUAUUAAAGAGACUAAAGUCAAUAUGGAAUAUUUAUGCAACUAUAAUUCGUGAAAACGUGGCAGCAUUGCAAGAUGACUAUCUAGCUCUAAUAUCACUGGAAAAACUUUUCACAACUGCAUGUGGGUUCGAUUUUGAAGACUGUCUUCAGCUGUCAAGAGAACUCUUCAGAAAAUGGAUGAGCCAUCCAGAGAAUAAAAUACCUAAUCCGAUUAAAAGUGUGAUUUUAUGCUAUGGCAUUGCCUUGGGAAGUGAUAAAGAAUGGGAUUUUCUGUUAAACGUCUACACUAACACAACAGAAGAAGAGGAAAGAAUUCAACUUGCUUAUGCAAUGUGCUGCAGUAAAGACCCAUGGAUACUUAACAGAUAUAUGCAGUAUGCCAUCACUGCAUCUCCAUUCACUUUUAAUGAAACAAAUGUAAUAGAAGCUGUGGCAGCAUCUGAAGUUGGCCGAUAUGUCGCAAAGGACUUUUUAGUCGACAAUUGGCAAACUGUGAGUGAAAGGUAUGGGACACAAUCACUGGUUACUCUAAUGUAUACAAUAGGGAGAACCAUAAGUACAGAUCUACAAAUCAUGGAGCUGCAGCAGUUUUUCAGUAACAUGUUGGAGGAGCACCAGAGGAUUACAGUUCAUGCCCAAUUACAGACAAUAAAGAAUGAAAAUCUCAAAACCAAAAAGCGAAGUGCCAGGAUAGCUGAGUGGCUCCGGAAAAAUAUAUAGUUUGAGGCUACGUCCAGCAUACCUCUUACAUAUUAUAAUCUUGUUUGCUCACAGUUUUGUCUCCCAAUACUUUGCGGGUCUUGAGAACUGCAUAUUUUGUUUGUAUUUCAGUCACAUUCACUACUCAGACUCAUGUUGUUCCUAUGUUGUCAUGUUUGGCCCUGAGGCUUAGUGAUUGAUGAGGAUUUGGUCAAAACUGCUAUAUUUCUGAGGAAAAUUGCACUGCACAUUGGGCAAUAAACCCAAAGAAUUUACUUUAAAUACCUUAUGAAAACAAAUUUUUCCAAGAAAGUUUUGCUAAUUCUGUUGUGAAGACCGUAGAAUAUUAAAUUAUUGGCAUUAACGAAGAGAACAUUCUUUUCUGAGGAAAAUACAGACUUGCAAUACUCUAGGGUUUAUUCAGAUCAGUAUUGAAAGAACAAUGAGAACACAACAUUACAGUGUGAAGAAACAGAAACCAGAAAAACAAUAUUCACUAAGAGAUACAAAAGCCAAAGCAAAGCAAGUUUCAAGGAGGAAAAGCAAACAAUUUUAUGAGCCAUAUUAAGUGCCCUAAAGACAAGAAAUGUGCCAUUUCUCUCUCCCAAAGAACUUAUUACAUUGAAGUAUAUUUUGAUGGUACUGAAUUUUAUGAAAUUAUAAAAUGACAAAUGAUUGUAAGACCCAUGAGAUGCCUCUAACACCACUGCUGUGGUGGUCACUGUGGGGAUGAAGGGUCUGCCCUGAAGCCCAUGUGUGUUGAUGUGUGGGGUGGACACUCUUUUAGCCAGAGCUUGUAAGAGAAAAUAAUGCUGCUAAAGACAGCACCAAGGGGCCGGGGAUU